CAAACUGGAGAAGUUAUUAGAGCGACCAGAACCAACGCCAGGAGUUUCAGAAGAAUGGGGCUCUGGUUGGACUGGACCAAAUUUUAUUGUGGAAAUCGAAGAGACUGGAACUGCCUCAGCAACGAACUCAGAUUAUAUCAGCAGCCACGAAGAUGUGACCAACGAAACAGCAUUGAACUCCACCGCGGCGGGGAGUGGCCCAAAAAUCGUCGUGCGACCAGAGGAGGUAAUCAUUGUUGGCCUCGUAUUGAUGCUUUGGGUGGGCGCCAUCGUUUUGUUCUUUAACCGUUGGGGUAAGAUACGUAUGCUGGAACCGUAUCAACCGAAAUUUCAGCAACAACAUCGGUCUUCCUGUCCGCUGGUCGAUAUGGACGCAAUACCAACACAUGGGCGUGCAUCUGUGUCUCGUAUGUCAAUGGGCCUAGUCAAUAACAUCAAUAUGCCAACAUGUCAUUUCGCUGCAUAUAAUCCCACGAUAUAUGCUAAAGGCUAUGCGCCGCCUGCGCGUCUACGACAAAAUUCCGUAUUCGUUGGUCCGAGCCCCAAUCUGUUUAUGAUGCCACGACCGCCACGCAAAACGCGCUCCGCCAUGGAUUUGCAUUCGAUGGUGUUGGACGAAGCGGCGGAGCAAGUGUAAAUGGAGAAUAUGCUCAUUUUGAAAAUGAGGUGCGACGGCUUUGUAAGAUAUCCAGCGUCAUGUUGUGUUGACUAUUUUAUGCAAGUAACUAUUGUUCGAAAUGCACACUUGCACUUAUUGCCAAUUCUAAAGUUUCUAACAUACAUAUAAAAUUUGGUGGAAAAAACGAAUGAUUCUUUGCUCACUAUCUCUACACAAGCUAUAAAUAUUUUAUAACAAAAAGAUGUAAGUUCAAACACUGUACUUUAGACUUGACUCCCUAAAAAUUGUUUGCUCUUGCACUUGUUAAUCUUUGCAAGUCAUUAUAAUCUACAAAUCAACAUU